AUGGUGCUGCCACACAUAUCUUUUGCUACUUGGGGUCUAUGCAGUCUAUGCUGGUGUAACUUUUUCCCUCACGCUUUGCAACUAUGCCAGCAUGCAAUGCAGACAUGGAGGUAUAAAACUUGGCGAGGCUUCCCUAGCUGGGAUGCUGUCAGAACUGCGCGGCCUGCUGCCGUCCAGCAAGCAAUCCGUUGUGGCGGACUUGCCCCAAAGAAGACCAGAUGGAUCCAAACCAUGUUGAAGACUCUUCACAAGGAACGUGGCAAGACUUCCAUGGAGUUUCUUCGCAAGCUCGACAAGGACUCAGUGCAUGCUGAAUUGGAGCGCUUCCAGGGCGUUGGCAAAAAGACCAGCGCCAUCAUCAACCUGUUUGAUUGCAACAAUCCUGACAUGGCUGUGGAUACACACGUAUUUCGCUUCGCACUGCAACUGGGCUGGGCGCCUUCCGAGAAGCAGCGCGCCCGACACAACAAGGCCUCCAGCCAGCCAUGGCCAGCCAUCACCCGAGACACUGUUUAUGCACAUCUAGAUGCGAAUUUCCCAGACAACUUGAAGUACUCUAUGCACCUCAUCCUCACUGAUACCGAGGGUGGUUUGCCUGUGGUUUGCGGCGCGCGCAAUCAGUUGCACUUUGAUGGACGGGCCAUCACUGUGGAUGGCAAGCCGUUGAAGGAGGUUGUGACAGCAAGUGACCUUUAA